ACUAAUAAGGACGCUAAUUUGUGUGUCCAAACUAAAAUUAGGAGACACAACUAGAAGAGUCCUAGAAAACAAAAGAUUAAGUUAAUUUUUCCUCAACUUAGACACGCUUCCUUUUGGGUUAUAAAUUAUGAUUAUUUUUAAAAAAUUUCAAACCAUAGUAGCUGCGUCUCAAUUUUGGUGUCUUUAAAAGAGUAAGUUUUUUUUGUAAUGAUGGAAGUUAUAGGAGGUACUCAGCUGUGGCUGUUAUGAGUGAUGAAUUGCUUAAAUUGUUCUUCGAUUGUCAUUGCGAAUACCCUUAAUUUUUUGGGCUCAAUUAUGGAAAUGGUACUAAUUAAAUUGGGUUAGUGAAUGAGAAUUAUAAUGAGAAUGCAGUCAAUAUAGAAAUUAUUAUUUUUAUUGUGUUAAUAGUUAAUUUUUGAAUGAAUAAAUUCAGUGUGGUAUAUUAUUACUGUACGCCUCUGUUUACAGAUCAUUCCUACACACGGAACAGAGCUAAGAUAGAAAGACAGAGAAAUCGGCAAAGAAAAUUUAAUGCAGAUGACUUUGAAAGAUUCUAGGGCAAAAUUUCCCAAUUCUGCCUAUAUAAGUAUUGAGAACUUUCGCCGCUGCACAUUACGAAACCAUCAAAACCACAGCGCCGGCAAGUUCAGAUUUCAGAAGAAGGAAAACAGAAUGAAGGAAAAUUUCCGAUCUUGGAUAUCUGAAUACUACACAGAAAUGGCGGUUGAAGCAUCCCCAGGUAGUUCUGUAGCAUCUCCGUCGGCAGAGAACGUUAAAUCAACCAGAAAAUCGGCUGCCGGUAGCCAAGUUAGUAAUUCUGGUGACGGAGUAUAUUGCCAUCAGUGUCGUCAAAAAACCAGGGCUCCAGCAGCAGCAUGCAAGAAUCUUACGAAGAAGAAACCCUGUUCAGUAAAGAUGUGUUGCAGAUGCCUAUGGAACAGGUACGGUGAAAAGGUGGAGGAAGUAGCUAAGUUGGAGGAUUGGAAGUGCCCGAAAUGCAGGGGCAUUUGCAACUGCAGUGUGUGCAUGAAGAGAAGGGGCCUUCAACCCUUGGGUGUACUUACCAGGGCAUCAAAAGCGACUGGAAAGGAUGUAUUAUCUGGUAGAAAGAAAGGAAGAAAGGGAAGGAAAGUUUGGAUGUAGAUGAUAAUACCUCUUCGAAGAGAAUGAAACUAGCCAAACAUUCAAAUUGUGUUCACUUGAUAAGUUCUGUAAUAUUUAUACUACUUUUUAUUGAUAAAUUCGGGUCCAUGUUUGUGUGUGUGUGUGUUUUUGAAUAGAUUCAAAUGAGAAUCCUUAUUUAAAUUGAGAACAUGAGCAUGGAGAUCGACGACAAA